GUAUAUGUCAUCAUUGCACAGCGGCCAAUGAGGAUGAGCCUGGCCAUGGCUGAUCCUCAUCCUGACCACCUGUCGCAUCUUAGGGCUUUCUGCAGAGGCAUGCUUGGAUAAGAGCAUGGAAAAAAGGGCCUCAACCUGCUCCAGGAAAAAUGUUCUUUAAAAAGAAACCACCGUCCGAGUAGUUGCAGUCUUUCGAGGGUUUUGCAGGAUGUCGAUGAGAACUCUCCCCUUGGUUUUUAUUAACCUUGGAGGCGAGAUGCUUUACAUACUGGACCAACGUCUGCACGCUCAGAACACCUCUGAGGACAAAUCUGAGAAAGCUGCAGGAGUAUGGUCUGAUCAUGACAGACAACGAGUGAUGAACGACAUUGUGGGGACCAUGUUCAGCAAAGCCUUCAUGGAUGAACUUCUGAAACCUCAGCUGCUUUAUUCACACAGGACAUUGAAAGUCGUCCUAACUCGCUUGGCGCACGUCUCCAUUAUGAGAUUAAACACAGUCAGCAUGGAGAAGCUCUACGAUCUGAUACUCAUGGCCUUCAAGUAUCAAGUCUUCCAGUGUCCGCGUCCUAAGGACCUGCUGCUCAUCUCAUAUAAUCACAUCGACAGCAUCAGAGAAUAUGUGAAGGACACUCCUGCCGUUGUAAACAAAGUGGACGAGACUCACAGAAAAAUCAUCGAGAUAUACUCGUCCAUGACUGCAGGUGAAUUCCAGCUUCUCCGACAAACGCUGCUCACAUUCUUACAGGACACGCACAUCCGCGUGUCCAUUUUCCUCCAAAACAAAAUCCAAAAUCCCAAUGGACGUUUCGCCUUGUUAACAUCUGGCCCGGUGCCUCACGGACUGGACGUUCCUGGGGUCAUUAGGAUAUUGGACAAAAAGGGACGGGAAAUGCGACAGAGCCGUUUCCAAUCGGGAGGGAGCUACAGUCGCCCUAUAAAAGACGCAUCGUUUGGCCUACGUGGAAACCGAGUCAUCAAACUGGGCAUGAACAUGUAUAGUGUAAAUCUGGGAGGAGAAUCAUCCAAAGGUCCCUCAGUGAAGAACCUGGAAGAUGCCUCUCCCAACCCGAUGGCUAAAGAAGAGCUCAAUCUACUGGCCCGCCUGAUGGGGACUGUUGAGAUUGAGAACGUAUCUGGUUCUGAAACGGGAUUUCAGAUCAACCUGCUCGCCGCUGUUCAAGAAAAGGAUGAGGGGGGAGCUUCAGGAGGAGCCGAGGAGUCAUUUGAAGUGAUGAAUAUACAAGCCCUGAAGGAUGAAAAGUCCUCAACUCAGCUGGCUCAAAUUGCCAGACUUUUUGUAGAGCAAGAGAAGACCCCAGAAAAUGUAAACAGCGACAAGGGCGAUGACCUGCUGUCUAUGAUGGAUGACCUUGAGUCCUUGUGA